AUGGCGGAGGAACAGCGUCCAUCACGAACGUCCCACCAUCCAUCCGAACCUGGGUGCGGUGGUGAGCAGCAGCAAGAUCCAGCUACCGAACAUUCAAACGUCCCGGGAAGCACCAAAGCGGCAGUUCACAUUAACGGUGUAGCGGUGGAUCACUUUCACCAGAACUCGGACGUGGAUGAGGAUCGACGAUCGCUGUGUCAGAACAACGAUAUUCAGGGUUUCAUUUCGUAUUCGUCCGACAGCAGCAUGAUCGAGCUAAACCUAAAGUUUCGCAAGUGCGCCUGCAACGAGAACAUUAUCAACAUCUCGAAGGAAAACGUACAACAGAUGCAAAGAACCAGUCCAACGGGUGCGGCCGAAUCAGCCGUAAACAUCGUGACGGAUAGCACUACGAUCGUUGGUCCGGCUGACGGCGUCACUAGCAAAGAAGGUAAAGGUAAAAAGUUACUCUCAUUAAACAAGGACAAUUUGAACAGGUUAGUGCGUAAAUUGAACGAUACCGCUCCAAGCAGCCCAUCCACAUCCUGUACAAAGUGUAAAUUAUCGUUAGACGUGAAACAUAUUUUAAAGCAAAUCGUUAGUUUGAAAACUGCACCCGACGAUGGCCCACUAUGCCAAUCCCGGUCACCCUGUGGAGACGAAUCUUGCUCCCGGCGGUCAGCACUGCCGCUCACGAUCGACGACUCGAUGGUGGGCUUACGGGCGGAUGAUUCGCUGAUAGGAAGUUCCGCCUCGCCACUGCCUUCGCCGAACUCACCCGUGCCGGUAAUUGGUACGUUCGAGCGACGUCACAGCGAAACCGUGGAGCGACGUUCGAUCGGAAUCCAGCACGCGUCGAGACAGUGUCGCAAAAAAGCGCCUCUAUUGCGUGCGCACAACGGACGAAGUAUAGCGCAGGCGGAGGAGAUCAUCAUCAUUUCGGAUGAGUUCCGACGACAAUCGUUACGCGACCAACAAUCGAUCCGGGUGCAGAAAAGUCCGAAAAAGUUUUCCAAAUCUAUGGAAAGCAUCGACAAGCGGCACCCACUGUCGCUAUCGCUCCGGCCGGUUGCAAUCAGGAGCUUCCAGCUGCCCAACACGACGAUGCACGGGCUGGAUCCAGCCGAUGAAAUGCUAACCAUAGUGGUGAAUAAUGCAGUCGAAUCUUCUGCGACUCCCGGCGCCUCGAAACCGAUAUCCAAAUCCGUCGAUGAUAUGUCCCUCGGACCGGCUACGAACGACGGGCUGUCAACGACCGGGGUGCCCAAAUCUGUCGAACCAGCAGGCGAUGAUGUGGAGCUCAUUUUUAUCUCGGACGAGUUUGUCAAGCGAAAGUCCAAAUCUAGUUCGGAUGUUAUCAUCGUGCAGAGUGCCGCUGAUCGUAGGCGCGAAAGUAGCAGGCGAAAGAAACCGAUCAAAACGCUGUCGGUGGCAGGUGUGGAAGCCAGCUGUAGCGCACAGGACAGAAGAAAGCUUAGCGCUACCGCGUCCAGACCCGCCAGUACCGAGGGUCGUAUUGUAAAAUCGGCAACUAUUCCGGUGGUGACGACAUCAUCACCCGGCGCAAAGGCAAAAAAUGGCCGCCGCAAAACCACUAUCUCUAACUCGAACAGUUUUCUCACGUACGAGGAACCGUUCUCACCGGAAACGCUCGAAAACAAAGACAUUGGGCAGCUGUUUGCCGAUGCAUCGAUCGAAUAG